UUUUAUAGGUUCAUUCAGAUUCUCACUCUCUCAUCAGAUUCCAAACCAACAGAACACACUGCAAAGCAACCUAAGCUGAAGCUCAAACCAAACCAAACCAUGUACUGUUCUUCCUCUUCUUCAAUCUUCACCACACCAUCUCCAUCUCCAUCACCACGCUCUUCAAAUCUCUCCUUCUUCCCUUUCCCUCAAUUCGCUCUCCAAAUCCCAAAUCUCCAAACUCUCCGCCUCAGUCUCACUCCCUGCAACGCCGCCCCCAAGCCCCAAACGGGACCAAACAGCAAAACCAAGACCAAGACGAAGACCAAGAAGAAGAAAAAGAGUAACAACAAGGGUUUGGAUUUCUCCAAUGUUGAGGUUGUGAAUGAUGAUGAUGAUGAUAAUGGUGAAGGGGUUUUGGGGUUAAAUGAUGCGCCGCUGCCGAAACCGCCAGCUGGGUUUGUGGUGGACGAUCAUGGAAGACUUGUCAUGGCUUCACCUCCUUCAAAGAGAAUUACCACCAUUGUUGAUCCUAUGAAUAAUCUUCCAUUAGAGUGUGUUAUAAGGAGAGUGUUCAGAAGUUCUCAAGGGGAUGAAUGCAUGCUGCUUUGCCCAGUUGACACGCCUGUACAGAUAUUGAAGAGCACAAACAUUGAUGGGUGGUCAGCUGUGAACGAUGAAGAAGUUGAAGUCAUUCUUCCUUCUGCUGCUUAUGCUCUUUCCAAGAUACAUAUGCAUCUUGUACAUAGUGGAUUUUGUUAUACAGCACGGGGAGGUUUUUGCUACUCAGAAGAUGACAUAUUUGAUUUCCGCACAGAUGACGGUCAAGAUGUAGAUGGGUUGCCUACAGAAGGUGUAGAAAUCACAUUCUUCCAUCUGGAUGGUUCACAGUACAUGAUUUACACACCAUCUGAUCCACUUCUUUUUGUUGUUGUUAAGAAUCACACUGGGGUAUUGCAAAUUGCAGACGAUGAUCUACUUGAGGACCCUUCUAUUAUAAGCGCAAUAGACGAGGAGACUGAAUUUAAUGCAUUGGUGGAGGAAGAGGCGGCUCUUCUUGAAUCAUUAAAGUUAGGGGAAAGCUAACUAGAUGUUUGCAUAUGUCAGCAGUUUUGUCAAAUUGGCUUGUUUUGCAUAAUUGUAGGAGGAUGCAAGAGUUCAAUUUGGAAGGCACUUCACCAAGUGCAUGGUUUUUUUUAGGUGGGGAGGGAGGGUGUUUGUAAGGAUUAUUGUUCCCCUUUUUGUAUAUAUAUUACAAAUUUAGCCUGAAUGUUAAAUGUGUUGAGCAAUGCACGAUUGUAGGUUUGUUGGUCCA